AUGGGUCAAAAGAAGAAGCCUCAAGCCGCGCCUGCCGGUCCUCGCACGUCUGCAAACCCCUUCAGGCCUGCUGGCGAUCAUUACGCUCCUGAUGCUACGCAAAAACCAGCCUCAUACCAUCCAAACGUGUCGCACAAUCCAGUCGAAGCGUAUAGGAAUAAUCAUCCGGCACAAUGGGGUCCACCAGCACCGACACCGUGGGGCUACAACAAUCACGCACCCGCUUUACCGAUCGCUCACGGACGGCGUCAGAAUCCGCAGUCUAAAGAACUUGCACCACAUACAACAUGGAGCACUCAGCAGAACCAUGGUUUGAGCGGCCCCCAGACUGGUGUAAGUUUGGCGAUGCCGCAGCAGACAAACAUUCGACCUCAAGCACAGAGCUUCCAGCCGGGCCAAAGGAUUGACAAGUCUAGCCGGCACAGCUUGCGAUCUAGCCAGAGCCGUCCCAUCACAUCAGCAGUCGCCAAUCAUAUUGUCCAGUCCAUUGAGACUGAUGCAGUGCCACAACAUCGGACUCGUCAAUUGCCGAUUCGCAUUGCCGCACCUCGUGACGAUAGAUCUCGUAAGGCUACACCACGACGGGAGCCAACUCCGAUCAAUACGACUAUUGAGCCCGUUCCUGUACCCAAGGCAUCUAUAGCCUACAUGAAACGUGCUCAGGAUGUGACCGAGAAACUACACUCGCCGCGCAAACUUCUCGUCCUCCUGGACCUCAACGGUACGCUGGUCUAUCGACAUGGCAGCCGACGGCAAUUCUCGGUCAAGAGACCGGGUGUUGAUCGCCUGCUCGAAUACUUGUUCGGCAACCAUGCUGUCGUGAUCUUCACUUCUGCUACUCAACGGUCUGCUGAAAAAAUGGCUCAAGAGCUACUGACUCCCCAGCAAUACGGUCAGCUCAUCACGAUUUGCGCGCGUGAGCACCUUGGGUUGAAGCCGGAGCAGUUUCACAACAAGGUACAGGUCUACAAAAACCUCAACACGGUUUGGAGAGCCAAGGAGGUCAGGCAAUCUGCCUCCGAAGAAGGGCACCUGUGGGAUAUGACAAACACUAUCCUCAUCGACGAUUCAGUUGUCAAAGCGAAAAGCCAUCCGCACAACUUACUGCAGGUGCCAGAGUUCAUGCAUCCGGAAUUCAACAGCAAGAAAGCACAGAAAAAGUGGACUGACGCUGAAAUCAAGGUUAUGCAUAGUGUUGAGAAGAAGCUAGAAGAGUUGAAAUCCUGUUCCAACGUCGCCUGCCAGAUUCGUAAGUGGCAAGAGGGCCAGGAUCCCUUCCCUGGCGCUGUCGGUGAAAGAAUAGACGAGGGGGUAUUGAAUGCGAUCCAGGAGGAAGCUGUGCAAGUACCGCAGAAAUCUUCGGACAUUGCAGCGAAAUACCCAACGCCUGCGAGCAUUGGCCAAAGUGACAAUGGGAGCAGUGUCGAUGAGGAGGACGGUGAUUAUGAUCCCCAGCAAUGGCAGGGAGUCAAGCUGCCGACUCCUUCGGCGGAGGACUCGGUGGAUGAGUCUCGGUCUCGGAAAGAUGUGGCUAUGAGGUGGAAGUCGAAGACACCCUCAAGCUCCAAGACAAUGAAGAGCGAGAGGGUUGUCAAUGAAGUUGUGCGAAGUCCUUCACCGGUCACUGAGAAGCAUUUCAGCUGGUUGUCGUACGGGAAAGAAACGUGA